UUUUCCCUUUUUUUUUUUUUACUCUUUUAUCUUAUUUACAUAUCUAAUGAAGUCAAACACAUGGAAAGCAGUGACAGCGUCAGCCAACCACUUGAGUUACCGUCCACUGAAUACGCAGGGCAACAUGGCGUCUCUAACGUCCAUUCGUCAUCUCACAGAAAAUUAUUAUUGUCCUCUUUAUAAACAACCUACAAGUGGACGAGCGUUUUCAUCCAACGAAAGUAUUCGAGCCGCUUCUCCCGAAUUACAAUUACCUGAGCAAAAUAAUCAUAAUCAUCAUCAUCAUCACCACAUGCCUCUGUCACAUCAUAAAUCAUUACCUUUAUUUGAUUUCUUCUCCAAAUCCUAUGCUAAAACCAUCCCAUCCUAUAUCUUUGCCCAUGGCGCAUCCGGAUUUGCAAAGCGCAGAACACGUUACACAACCCCAGAUAAUAAGCUAAGGCUUAAAAAUGAUCAUUAUUACAGUAUACAGAUUGGAGAAGAUGCUUAUUUUAGAAGAUCCGAUGCUCUGGGUGUGGCGGAUGGUGUGGGUGGUUGGGCAGGCGUUUCAGCGGCAAAUGCAGCAUUGUAUUCAAGAAAACUGAUGCAUCAUGCGUAUCUCCAACUAGAAAGAUUUGAAAAUAUCGAUGAUCCAUGCUUUUAUCAUUAUGAUGAAGCAGAUCCAGUGAGCAUAUUACAGAAAAGUUAUGAGGAAAGUAUGCAGGAAGCACAACAAGAAGGUAUCAUUGGCUCAUGUACAGCGUGUCUUGCCAUAUUACGACACGAGGAAUUACGUAUUGCCAAUCUGGGCGAUUGCGGUAUAUCUGUGAUAAGACACAACGAUUAUGUCUUUCGAAGUGAGGAACAACAACAUUCCUUUAAUUUUCCAUACCAGCUGGGAACAAGUUCUCCUGAUCGACCAAAGGAUGCACAGGCAUUUACGGUUGCUGUGGAAAAGGGAGAUAUUAUCAUUAUGGGAUCAGACGGUUUAUUCGACAAUUUAUUCGAUAAGGAGAUCUUGUCGAUUGUCAAAUCGCAAUUGUCAAAUACAAGACCCACUCGAUUUCUAUCCAUCGAACCUCAAAAAAUCUCUGACGCUUUAGCCGAAAGAGCAAAAUACGUCAGUAAUUGUAAAUUAAAUGUCGAUAGUCCGUUUCAAGUUAGAGCUAUCAAUGAAGGAUUAUACUAUCAGGGAGGAAAAGCAGAUGAUAUUAGUGUCAUUGUUGCAAUCGUAAAGGAUUGUGAGGAUUCUCCUGAUAGAAGAUUAUAAUAUGCCUGUAUAAAAUAAUAACAAUAAAAAAAACCCCCCUCUUGCUUUUCCCUUUUGCUUA